GAAAACAAAGGCGCCAGCAGCUAAUGCUAAUGCUAGCUGCCGUUGCGCUGUAAUUUUCUUGUGUUUAGUCGUUUUUAUUUCAUGUUUUCCCUGCUCCUUCGGGUCCACGGGAAUGUCAGCUUCGGAACCGGUUCGGUUGGGUCGGAAACGUGUCCUGCCGUCCUGCCCGAACCCGCUGUUCCUGAAGUGGCUCACCGAACUCCGGGACGAAGCUAAAGAGAAGGGGCUGAAGAUCCAGUACACCUACCAGAAGGCAAUCAACUCUUUGAAUAAAUAUCCACUUCCGCUUCAGAGCCCGAGAGAAGCAAAGAUCCUGCAAAACUUUGGAGAUGGAAUCUGCAAAAUAUUAGAGGAUCGACUGUUGAGAUACUACAGAGAGAACGGUGCAGAUGCUCAGAUUCACAGCAUCCCGUUAGGAGCGCCCCCUGCUGGCAGAACCAACAACAUCAGCCUGGCUCCUUCCAGGAAGAAGAACCCUGCAGGUGAUGAAGAGAAAGAUGGAGGAAGAGGAGGAGGGAAGAGGAAGAAGAGGGAUUACGUACCUCAGAAGAGGUCAGGAGGAUACGCCGUGCUGCUCGCUCUUUACCGACACUCACAGAUUCCAGGUAACAAAGGUUUCAUGUUUAAGAUGGAGCUGCAGGCCGAAGCUCAGAGUCUCUGCAACAAGUCUUUCACCGUGCCGGACCUGGGCAGCAAGUACACAGCCUGGUCCUCGGUCAGCACCCUGAUCCAGAAGAACCUGGUUCUGAAGACCCACAGCCCUGCCAGGUAUUCUCUGACAGAAGAAGGUCUGGCUCUGGCUGAGAGGCUGGCUUUGGUGGACCGUCAGGCGGGUGUGGGCCAAGAAGAAGAGGAGGAGGAGGAAGGUGUGGUCGAUCUAACUGGAAGUGGCGAUGAAGAAGAGGAAUCAGCUGGUGUGGCUCAGUCCAGGACUGAUGAUGAUGAUGUUUGUGUAUCUCAAAAACCUCUGAGUUCUCAAACUGGGAGCAGAAAUAACGCAGAACGUCUCCUUCCUGGAAGCUACGACAUCGUCCUCUGCGUGGACUUCAUCGAGACCACCGGCGGCAGCCACCACCGGAAACAGGAGCUCGUCAAGGAGCUCCAAAAGAACGGCGUCCGCUUCGAUGUCAGGAAGCUGAACGUGGGCGACUUCCUGUGGGUGGCUCAGGAGAAGGUCUCACCUGUUCCAGGUGAGCUGCGAGCUCCUGUCGGCCGGGAGCUCGUACUCGAUUACAUCAUCGAGAGGAAGAGGAUGGACGACCUGUGUGGGAGCAUCAUCGAUGGACGCUUCAGGGAGCAGAAGUUCCGGCUGAAAAGGUGUGGCCUUCGUAGGCCCAUUUAUUUAGUGGAAGGGGGCGGAGCCUCUGCCUCUCACCUGAGUUUACCUGAAGCCACUCUGCAGCAGGCCAUCGUCAACACGCAGGUGGUCGACGGGUUCUUCGUGAAGCGAGUCCAGGAUGUUCGGGAGUCGGUCGCCUACCUGACCAUCAUGACCCGGUACCUGACCAGACUCUACAAGAACCGAACUCUGAUCCGUCGCUCCAGAGAGCUGGAGGGCGACGCGGCGGUCGAUGAAGAGGAGGGAGGACCCGCCUCCUGCUCGCUUAUUUCUUUCGCAGAGUUCAACUACAGAGCCGUUAAAAACAAGAGUCAGACGGUCAGAGAAGUUUUCGCCAGACAGUUGAUGCAGAUCAGCGGCUUGUCUGGAGACAAAGCUGCUGCUAUACUAGAGCUUUACAGCACACCUGACAGUCUUUUAGCAGCGUAUGAUCGUUGCUCCAGUGAAGCAGAGAAAGAGAAACUCCUCUCCUGUAUCCGAUGUGGGAAACUCAAAAGAAAUUUGGGUCCAGCUCUGAGCAGAACCAUUUAUCAGCUCUACUGCACUAAAGGACCGCUUUCAUGACUCAGCAAAUUUAUCAAUUUCUUUCAAAGACUUUUUGGUCACAUUUCUAAUUCAUCCCUUAAAUAUUUUGGGAAUAAUUGUUUACAUUUCUUGACAUUUUUAAGAUGCUGCUACUUUAAACUAUUUAGAAAAAAUAUCUUACUGAAGGUUUGUAUAAAACGUUUUAUAAGUUUGUUUCAAUAAAGUUAAAUAAAAAAUGAACA